AUGACUAUUACGGCUAUCGGUUUCGAAGGAAGUGCAAAUAAAAUUGGUAUAGGUGUAAUACGUGAUGGCGUGGUAUUGUCAAAUCCUCGAUGUACAUAUGUGACACCGCCUGGCGAAGGUUUUCGUCCCAAUUUAACAGCAAAACAUCAUAGUUCUGUUAUAUUAGAUUUACUAGAAAAAGCAUUAUCUCAAGCUAAUAUUAAAUCUUUGAAUGAUAUUGAUGUGUUUUGUUAUACCAAGGGCCCCGGUAUGGGUGCUCCAUUGAUAGUUGUGGCAACUGUGGUGCGAACAUUGGCACAAUUAUAUGAUAAACCAAUAGUAGGUGUUAAUCAUUGUAUUGGUCAUAUUGAAAUGGGUCGAUUGAUAACAAAAGCUCAAAAUCCCGUUGUACUCUAUGUAAGUGGUGGUAAUACUCAAAUAAUAGCCUAUUCGGAAAGACGUUAUCGCAUAUUUGGUGAAACAAUCGAUAUUGCCGUUGGAAAUUGUCUUGAUCGUUUUGCACGUUUAUUAAAAUUAUCAAAUGAUCCAAGUCCCGGUUAUAAUAUUGAACAAUUAGCAAAAUUAGGUAAAAAUUAUAUCGAAUUACCUUAUACUGUUAAAGGAAUGGAUGUAUCAUUUUCGGGUAUAUUAAGUCAUAUUAAAUCAUUUGUAACAACAAGUAAACAAUCAAAGAAGCAAAAACAACAACAAGAACAACAUACGAAUGAAGAUUUAUGUUUUUCAUUACAAGAAACAUUGUUUUCUAUGUUAGUUGAAAUUACAGAACGUGCACUUGCGCAUGUUGGUUCAAAUCAAGUGUUGAUUGUUGGUGGCGUCGGAUGCAAUGUUCGAUUACAAGAAAUGAUGAAACAAAUGUGCAUAGAACGUAAUGCGGAUGUUUGUGCGAUUGAUGAACGAUAUUGUAUUGACAAUGGUGCCAUGAUUGCACAAGCUGGCUAUGAAAUGUUUCGUGCAUCAACAGAUGGUAAAGGAAUGAAAUUAGAGGAGACAACAUGUUCACAACGAUAUAGAACUGAUGCUGUAAAUGUAACGUGGAGAGAUUGA